AUGGCUCGGCUCGUGGCUCGCGAUACUUUGGAGUUUUAUGGCUCGGCUCCUGGCUCGGCUCGCGACAUUUUGGAGCCAACUGGCUCGGCUCGUGGCUCGGCUCGCGACAUUUUGGAGCCAACUGGCUCGGCUCGUGGCUCGGCUCGCGACAUUUUGGAGCCAACUGGCUCGGCUCGUGGCUCGGCUCGCGACAUUUUGGAGCCAAUUGGCUCGGCUCGUGGCUCGGCUCGCGACAUUUUGGAGCCAACUGGCUCGGCUCGUGGCUCGGCUCGCGACAUUUUGGAGCCAACUGGCUCGGCUCGUGGCUCGGCUCGCGACAUUUUGGAGCCAACUGGCUCGGCUCGUGGCUCGGCUCGCGACAUUUUGGAGCCAAUUGGCUCGGCUCGUGGCUCGGCUCGCGACAUUUUGGAGCCAACUGGCUCGGCUCGUGGCUCGGCUCGCGACAUUUUGGAGCCAACUGGCUCGGCUCGUGAACCUCGAGUUACAAUGCGAACGAAAUUCGAUUUAGGGAACGAAGUAAUUAUCCGACUUGAAGAUGAUCAGGGGGCAGAGGUUGACUCGGAUGUUUUUCAUAUUUUAUUAGAAAUUGAAAACAUUCCAAAUAUAGUCUUUAAGUUGGGUGGAGAAGAAUCUCAUCAGAUAACAAUUAAUUUGAAUCCUGACGACAGGAACAGCUCUUCAAGUACCGAGUUAAUGUUCACCCAUUCACCAUCAUACAAAAUUCAACGGCUGCAACAGGAUGGUUUUAAUCAGGUGCUGGGUAAUUCAAUUAAUGAUAAUCAAGAAAUUAGCAGAGUUGUAGCAGAUUGCAACACAAAAGGGUUUGUCGAUGACAAGUCAGCUGUGAUUCUUGUGCAAGAAUUUGUUUCAAAACUUGUGGAGCUAAAAGGUGAAUCUCCAAGUUCUUCUGACCAAAAGAAUUUGGCGUCAGCAAUUAUUCAAUAUAUUCCAUGUUGGCGAUACGCUGGGUCAACUGAAGGCUUGGAUAUACUUUUUGAUGAAAUUGGACGGUCAGGACUAAUCCAACGGAGAUUGAGGACAAUUCACCAAAAACUGAAAACCACUGAAAAAAAGAAGGAAUUAAGGGCAAAGAAGACACAGCUUGGAACUGGCGGACCUAAACCUAAAACUGCAAAACUGGAUGACAACGUUGACAACGGACAAUAUGACGAGUUAGUUAGGAGUUUAAAUGGCAGCAGUGCAAAAUCGGGAUCCGCAGAAAUAAUUAAACUGGCGCAAGACACCCUCGAGCACAGAAAUUACUUACGACGAGUCAAUCCACAAUCAAUCCUGCUGGUUUAUACAAAAUUUGCGGACUGCGACUUUUUAAUCCGCUUGGAAUUUUCUCUUCUUCAAGGAGAAUCACAAGAAAACUUUACAAGAAUUUGGCCGUCAUUUUCCUCACAGCUGCUGGAGAAAGUGAAAGACUUAAAGCAAUCCCCGUCUUUAUGUAAAUUUCUAACAGAGGAGUCUGAUAAUUGGGACUCUGAAGUAGCAGCACUCUUCGUUCUUCUUUAUUUAAUCCCCCCAGCUGCCCAAGGGAGAGGAAAAGGGAGUCGGUGUACAAUUGAUGAAGCAAAGAAUUUGCUGAUCUCAUUUUAUAAGACUGCAACUCCUCUACCAUCCAUCCUGGAUACUUGGAGCGAGGAUAAGAGACAACCAAACCUUUUGUGUCUUGGAGAAAACAAGAAAACACUUUCUUCCUUUUAUCUCGUUGUAGAUAAAGUACUGCUGCCAAUUGACGCUAAGAAUUCUGCACAAGCAAUUGACCUCCUCUUCAAAUCACACUACGUCUUCGGAGCAGAAUACGACAAGAACUUGCAAGGCCUAUGGAAAUUUCUUCAAGUUUAUAUUUAUAAGGUUGACGUGGACAGUACUGAUCUUUCGGGAAAGGUGAAAAGUGUUUUUACUCAAUUAAGUAAUAUUUUUAAUAAUCUCAUUUAAAAAAAUGUUUACUUGCCCAGUCUGUCAGAUAU